AUGGCUCGUCGGAAGAUCCUAGCUGAAAUGGGCUACGAUUUCACCAUCAUGACUGCAGAUAUAGAUGAGAAGCGUAUCAGGAAGGAUAAACCAGAAGACUUUGUGAUGGCCCUAGCGGAGGCCAAGGCUGAUGCUAUUAUAACAAGGCUUGAGGCUACUGACGAAUUGGAAAAACAGCGGCCCACACUGCUAAUUACGGCAGAUACAGUGGUGGUUUAUCAAGGGACUAUUAGAGAAAAGCCAUCUACCAAGGCUGAAGCACAACAGUUUAUAAGAGAUUAUUCUGGUGGUUCAGCACAAGUUGUGGGAUCGGUACUUGUAACUAAUUUGGUGACAGGCAGUAGAAAAGGGGGAUGGGAGAGUGCUGAGGUUUAUUUUCUAGACAUACCAGAUGAAGUCGUCGACAACCUGAUUGAGGAAGGAAUAAUCUUGAAUGUUGCUGGGGGAUUGAUGCUUGAACAUCCAUUGACUCUGCCUUUGGUAGACACCGUGGUAGGAACUGCUGACUGUGUAAUGGGACUUCCCAAAACCCUCACUGAAAAGCUCAUUCAGGAAGCUCUGUAA